UGCAAGAAACAAAUUGAGACCCAACUGCACCUUCUGAAAUCAGAGCAAGAGGCGCUUCAAUCUUCCGUGAAGGACACACAAGACAGACUCAAGGACCACACUGAGAGGACAGAAGCUGCAAAGCAGGAGAUUGUGAGGACAUAUAGGAAGAUGCAUGAGUUCCUGGACCAAGAGGAGUCCUCUCUUCUGGCCCAGCUGGAGCAGCUGGACAUAGAGAUAAGGAAAGCCCAUGAAGAAAUCCUCCAGAGGCUUUUGGAGGAGACGACGAGGCUGGGCAUGCUGAUUGGGGAGGUGGAGAGGACGUACCAGCAGCCAGACUGGCAGCUCCUGAAGGACAUUGGAACCACCUUGAGCAGGGGCCAGAGGGAAACGCUCUCCCACUCACUCCAGAUUUCCCCGGAGCUGGAAAACAAAUUCUCUGGUUUCACCGAGAAGAACCCAAAUAUCAAGGAAAUUCUGGAGAAAUUCCAAGAUUUCCUGGAGUUUGAGAGUCAUGUGACAAGUGAACCAAACGUGUGCCCAACUAAGCCAUCAUAUGAAAUGGCUCUGUUGCCCCCAAAGAUUGAUCUGAAGUCCUCAGCUGCCUCCUUUCCCUCUUCUAACAUCUUGGUCCCACCACCAGAGGAUGCCUGGAGGGGUCCCAAUCAGAUGACGCUGGACCCAGAGACGGCCAACGCCAGUCUAUAUCUUUCAGAAGACUGCAAGCUCGUGCGGUGGGAGCGUUAUAAGCAGGAUCUGCCCUCCAACCCGGGGAGGUUCAAAUUUCAUCCCUGUGUUCUGGGCUCAAGGGGCUUCACAUCGGGGUGGCACCGAUGGGACGUGGAGGUCCACAGAGAAGGCUCGUGGGCCCUCGGGGUGGUCAAGGAGUCAAUUCCAAGAGGCCAUGGUUUGUGCCUGAAGCCUGAUGAAGGGGUAUGGGCUCUGCGUCAUACCCAUGAUGGGUACGAGGCUCUGACCUCUCCUUAUGCCACCCCCUUGACACUACGCAGAGUCCCCAAGAGGAUACGAAUCUGCUUGGACUAUGAGAAAGGGAGGGUGGUGUUUUUUGAUGCCGAGAGCAAAGAACAGAUCUUUGCUUUUAAUCGGGCAUCUUUCCAAGGGGAGAGAGUCUUCCCAUGGUUUGUGGUGAUUGGGGGUGCUCAACUCAAACUUCUUCCCUAAGGCACAGGACAAAAAAAAUCCCAACCCCCAAAGCCCUCGAAUUACCCUUAGGAAAGAAACCAGGGGCUGGGUUUUGUCCCAAUCCCACCAAAGGGACAGGAAAGGGGAGCGGUGUUCAGGUUAUUUUCCUUCUGUGCAAACUGGGAGCAUUUCUGUGCCUUCAAUUCGAUUUUGAUCUUUCAAUCGCUGUUUAAUCACUACAUGGCUGUUACAGGGUGGCUGCAAACUUGCCCUGAUGAGGAGAUAAAAGUUCAAUUCUAAACCGUU